GUCCAAACUUGGAACCCUGGUUGAAUUGUUGGGUUUAUAAUGGUCAAGCCGGCGUCCAGUUCAGUUCAAUCAUCACUUCACCUUAGAAAGGACAAGUCACGCAAUCAUCCAACUUAUUCUGACGAGGCGUAUCGUGAAUUACGUAAGCAAGUCAGCCUUAAUCAUGAGCCAUUUGGUUGGAGCUAUCGAUCAAGGGACCAGCUCAUCUCGGUUUCUCAUAUUUGAGGCAAAUACGGGGAAAUUGGUGACUCUUUAUCAGACCGAAAUUCCAAGGUUUGCACCGAAACAAGGAUGGGUGGAACAAGAUGCCGACAUUUUGCUAUCUUCCACAAUCACCUGUAUUGACAAAUGUGUCGAGAAAUUGGAAGCUUUGGGGUUAUCUGCGUCCCAAGUAAAGACCAUCGGAAUUACGAACCAGCGAGAAACACUGAUCGUGUGGGAUAAAUUAACCGGAAAACCUUUGUACAAUGCAAUUGUUUGGAUGGAUACCCGAGCUCUUCCUGCCGUGGAAGAGAAUUUAUCCGCUAGGAAAGAAGAAUGUGAGAAAAUCCGUCGAAUCUGUGGCCUUCCGAUGAGCACUUAUUUCAGCGCACUAAAACUGAAAUGGCUUCUGGAUAAUGUGCCCGAAGUACGGAAUGCGCUAAAGGAAAACCGAUGCCUCUUUGGUACCGUGGAUACUUGGCUAGUUUGGAAUCUGACGGGAGGGGUGAAGGGUGGCCUGCACAUCACGGAUGUCACCAAUGCUUCAAGGACCAUGCUAAUGAACUUGCAGACUUUGCAGUGGGAUCCCUACUUGUGUGAAUUUUUUGGGAUUGAUAAGAAACUGCUCCCUGAAAUUAGAUCUUCCUCAGAGAUCUAUGGACACUUAGUGUCCACAAAAUUGGCCAACGUUCCAAUUUCCGGGAUAUUGGGUGAUCAACAAGCCGCAAUGGUCGGCCAAUUAUGCCUCAAACCAGGAGAAGCAAAAUGUACAUAUGGAACAGGUUGCUUUCUCCUAUUCAACACUGGAGAAAAGAUAGUUCAUUCCACUCAAGGCCUCCUCACCACUGUUGGAUAUAAAUUUGGUAAAGAUCAACCUGUCGUGUAUGCUCUCGAAGGUUCCGUCGCCAUCACGGGAGCAUGCAUCCGAUGGCUGAGGGACAACUUGGCCUUUGGCGAAGAUUACGAACAAAUGGUUCAACUAGCCGACAGUGUCGACAAUACUGGAGGGGUUUACUUUAUCCCUGCUUUUUCGGGACUAUUUGCCCCGUAUUGGCAAUCCGGAGCGAGAGGCUUAAUAUGUGGCCUUACCGAAUUUUCAACGAAAGCCCACAUCACACGAGCAGCCUACGAGGCGGUUGCCUUUCAAGUGAAGGACAUUCUGGACGCCAUGAAUAAUGAGGUCGGUGUGGUGCCGCUUUCUUCUCUUCGAGUCGAUGGUGGCAUGACCGUGGUGGAAAGCCUGAUGCGUCUGCAGGCUGAUUUCUUGGGGAUCGAAACACUCCGAGCAAAAAUGCCAGAGACGAGCGCACUCGGGGCGGCAAUGGCUGCUGGAUUUGCGAAAGGGGUGGACGUUUGGAAUCCAUUUUUGGAAACCGAGAGCAUGGAGAGAGACGCUUUUCACCCAACUAUGGGCGAAAAAGAGAGACGCGAUCGACACGCUAACUGGAAGAUUGCUGUGACCCGAAGUUUUUAACACGGAAGAAAAGAAUGACAUCAAAUAUGUAUGUGCUCAUGUAUGUAAAUCCGUAUAAUGCUAUAAAGUACAUUCAAAUAGAGAUGACGAAUAAUAAAAAAACAUGACGUAGAAACAAACUAA